GAGCUGGAUAGAACUUUACAUUGCAAUCGCCUUUUCGUCAUUCUAUCUUUGUAAUUGAAUAGUUUGUUUGCAAGAUUUCCUGCGCAUUUAUUGAAAAAUGAGAAAGUCGUAUAACACAAAAACAUCGCCCAUUUGAAAAUAAGUCUCACAUGAACAAUGAAGUGGAUUUUAAAGUUCCUGAUAAUUUUUCAUAUUGCCUGUCAAUAUAUAAACGUGGUAUUUGGUAUGCACAACCCAAUGAUGCGCAUUCGCUGCGAUUUGGGAGAACAUCUGACAUGCAAAUUUUCUUUUAUUUACUGUUGGAUGUACCAGUGUGUUUGUCUUCCGCAACACGUAUACAUAGGACUUGGAUAUGGUUGCCUCUACGAAAAAUUUGCUUAAAUUUAAAAGUGUUUAUUGAA